CUCCUAAAGAGCUCGAUCAGCAAAAGCGGGUGUCGCCUGCUCGCGCGAACCUUUUUCAAUAUAUCUUGGUCGCUGCGCUGCGCCGUCUGGUUGCUCUAUUUGAUUGUAGGCUCGCUCCAGGCUCGCUCCCGUGGCGCUUUGCUUUGUAGGCCUUCGCCGUCGCCGCUGUAGGUACACGCGCGCGGCAGGUCAGCCCCACAGGCGACGCGAACACCGCAGGCCGUCAACGCCGUGCGAAGAGCCCCCGGCGUACCAAACUUCCCCAACCCCUCGACUGAGCUCCAUGGAUAGGCCGCGGAGCCGCGACGGCGACCGGGACCGGAGCCGAAGAGAUGACCGCCGCGGCUAUAGAAGUAGGAGCCGGUCGCGCGGCCGGCGCCGCCGCGACCGCUCGCGGAGCCGGAGCCGCGGCCGGCGCCGCCGCGACCGCAGCCGCGACCGGACGCGGAGCGGGUCGAAGAACCCGGCGCUCGGGGACUACUCCGAGGGCCACUACGGGCGCGGCCUGGACCAGCCCGGCGGCGGGCGACCGGCGGCGCAGGCGCCCCAGGUGCCCCGCGGCGCCACCGCCGACGACAUCCACAAGAUCAGGCAGCAGACGGAAAUUGAUGAUUUGACCAAGGACCAACGGACGGUCUUCGUGUCGCAGUUAGUGAUGAAGGCCACGGAGAAGCAGAUCCGCAAGUUCUUCGAGAAGGUCGGGAAGGUCCGAGAUGUGAUCAUGAUCCGCGACAAAUAUACCAAUAGACACAAGGGUUAUGCAUAUGUUGAGUUGAAUGACCUCGAGAGCGUGCCCAUGGUUUUGAUGUUGAACGGCACCGUGCCGGACUUCCAGCGCUUUCCUAUCUUAGUGAAGGCGUCGGAGGCCGAGAAGAACUUCCUGGCCAAACAAGAAUCCGCGGCCGCCGCCGAGCAGCAGGCCGAAAUUGAUCAACGGGCCGCGGCGCCGCGAAGGAAGUUACUCGUAGGUAAUUUACAUCCGAACAUCACGGAGGGCGACUUGCGGACCGUAUUAGCUCCGUUCGGGGAUGUGGAGUCGGUUGAUAUGUCUACCGUCGCGCCUGGCUCUGCUGUUGUCUCUUUUGUGAAGGCCGAGGAUGCCAUGAAGGCCUCGACGAAAAUCGCGGGCAUUGAAUUAGGAGCGGGCACGCCGAUCUCCGUCCAGUUCUACGAGCCGGGGGCGACCGUCAUGGGCGCGGCCUCAGCUGGAGACUGGAAGUUCGACAAUUCUGGUGGUGACGGCGUGGCGUUAGGUGCGGAUGGGAGGGCCAACCUCAUGAACGCCCUGGGCCAGCGCGCGGGCCUCGCGCCGCCGCCAGCGCAAAGCGGCGUCGGCGCGCCUACUGCUGCGUUUACGAUCACGAACAUGUUCGACCCGGCGAAGGAGGACGGCGCCACCUGGCGCGACGACAUCAAGGCCGACGUCACGGAGGAGUGCCGGAGCAAGGGCGACGUCAAGCACGUCUACGUGGACGGGUCGGACCCGCGCGGCUUGGUGCACGUCCUGUUUGCAGACGCUUCCUCAGCGAACGCGGCCGCGUUGGCGCUCCACGGGCGCUGGUUCGGCGGCCGCGCGAUCACGUGCGCGCACACCGACCCCGCGGCCUACAACUACCAGUCGCUGCCCUGA